AUGGUCACCUACUUUGGAUGUUCCCCAAAACAAGAGGAAAUUGAAGUUAUGAAGAGUUUCAUGGAUGAUGAUUUAAGACUGUCCAUUUUUGACGUUAGCAAUAGGACCUUCUCGGUUGCUAGUGUUUUGUCAAAGCAACAUUAUCUUAUUGGAGUCAUACUGGAUGGCGAUUGUCCGAAUAUUGAAUCGUUUUUGAUGGAAUGCGCAAAUUUGAAAUUUCUAUUUGACACGUACCACUGGUUGGUUUUCUCUUCUGACUACUCAGUGAUAGACACGUUUGGAAAUGUCAAUUUGUUUAUAAAUGCAGAUGUAAGCGUCGCAAUACCCGAUAAUGCUGGGAUAUUGGUAAACUGGACGAUACUGGACGUUUAUAAUCCAGCUAAACCAAAAGGUGGUGAUUUAAAAGUGAUCAAUGCAGGGUUUUACAAUCAAGACGAUGGGUUUAACAUCGAUUUGGUGUGGAACAGGUAUUAUCAACGUCAAAAUAUGACUGGGACCACUUUCGAAGUAGGCAUGGUGAUUCCGGAAAAUAUCAGUAUUUCACUAGAUGAAUACCUUAAAAGUGAUUCAGAAAGAAAUAAUAAUACCUUUAGUCGAUUUAAUGCCGUUACAGUAGAACUGUGUCAGGAUUUUUACAAUUUUUCAAUGAUUAAAAGUAUUACUGACUCUUGGGGUUAUAUACAAGAGGAUGGAGAAUUAGAUGGGUUAUCUAGGGCUUUACAGGACGACAAGUUAGAUUUCGGACUGGCUGCACUUUUAUAUAGAGAGUUUAGGUUAAAAGUGCUAGAUUUUGGUUAUGGCAAUUGGGUAAUGAAGUCAACUUUUAUCUUUCGUCACCCCAAAAAUACGUUAAGUUCGUACGAACUUUAUUUGCGACCAUUAGAUGAAGGAGUUUGGUUUUCAACUUUAGUGGCCCUUGCGCUUAUGGUCAUCGUAUUGAAAUUUAUUGUUACUCAUGAAAUUCAAUUAUUAGACCGGUUUCACCAGGAGUCUAGUGUGGGUGAAAGUAAUUGGAGUUUUUUGAUUAUUUAUAAUAUUGGAGAGCUUUGCCAACAAGGUUUUUCUUAUAUACCUGUUCUCUCAAGUGGUCGAAUUGUGGUUCUGAGCGUUUUGGUGUUUUUCUUUUUGAUCUUUCAAUUUUAUUCGGCUAGUAUUGUUUCCUUUUUGCUGUUACCUCCAAGAAGGACCAUUACAACCGUUAUGGAUUUACUAAGAAGUUCAUUGGAGGUUGGUAUGGAAGAUGUGCUGUACGAUGUCGAUUAUAUGAAAACAACGACAGAUCCAGUAGCGGUAGCCCUUUACGAUACAAAAAUUAAACAACCGAACAAUGAGCUAAACUUUUUAAAGGCCCGCGAAGGUUUAGAGAAAGUGAAAUUAGGGGCUUACGCUUUUCAUACUCAAACCAGCACUGGCUAUCCGAUUGUGGAAAGAACAUUUGAGGAAAGAGCUAUAUGCGAACUUGCAGAAGUCCAACUGUACAAGCCAGUGUACGCAAACAUGGCAUUAGCGAAAAAGUCGCCCCUUAGGGAACUGUUUCUUUAUUGCAAUCUUCAUCAAAUGGAAGUUGGAAUACUGCACAGACUGAGGAGACAUUGGGACGCACGUAAACCCCAAUGCAUUGAUUUUACUCGUUACUUGGAAGUUGAGGUGGGAUUGGGCGAAUCUUUUGGAGCUUUGAUUUUAUUGGGCAUUGGGAUCGUCGUUAGCUUGAUUGUGUUGUUAUUGGAAUAUACUUGGAAUAAAUGGCGCAUGAGUAUUCCAGCAAAGAGAGGUUGAUCGAUCACAUCACUAGUUAGUUUUGUAUAGUUGGCCAUUUUCCUAAUCUUAUAACGCACUACAUUGUAAAAUUCUUAUUAGAAGAUGUUACCUGUUAUAGUGAUAGUUAAAUAAUAAAAACCUGCAGCAGUUUAGUAGGUACUCGAAAAAUCACGAAGCUAUGGGCACAAAUUCAUUUGAUAGUAGCAAAAAAAACAAAAGCAAUUUGAUUCGGCUCAAAGAAGGACGGGCUACAUAGGUACGACGACUCGGUUUUAAUUUUACAUAAAUUCUUUAUUAUUUACUUUAUACUUUGUAAAAACGUGUAACGAAUUUAAUGUAAUAUUAUUAUGUUUAAUUUUUUUAUUUGUUAACACGCACUAUACAAGAUUGGAGCGUGGACAACUUAUGUGUUAGUAAGAUAGUACUGCAGAAAUGGUAAUAAUUUUGGCAACAUUUUUACGAAUUAAUAACAUAAUAAUUAAUAACAUUUUUACGAAACCUUUCGAUUUUUUGUCAAUAUAAAUCUUUCCGACCAAUAUAAUGAAAAGUAGAGGAAAGUAUUCCAAAGUUAAUGGAGUUUCUUCCUCUUUCGAUCGUUGUGCCAGCCGUUCGAACCUUGAAUAUUGCCGAUAUUUUUUUGUAAAGUACUAAAAUUGACCCGUACGUCCAAAACCGUGCAUUUUUUAUAAGGAAAUUAAAUCUCUAUUUGGAAAUGUUAACAAUUUUGAUUUUUUCGUAUGAUUGUUUAAGUAGGAGAUAUUGACAUUUAAGCUAGAAAAAAGGUUACUUAGCAACCUCAAAUCCUUGUCAAACAACCGUCAAACAAACCGUAAUUCACUCAUCUCAUUAAUUUUUAUUUUGGUGUUCAUAAGACAUAGGCACGCCUGGACCCGGCGGAUGCGCCGCCUCGCCUUGCUCAGGUAGAUAUUUGCUCACGGUUCCAAAUCUUCGCGCAUGACACUGUGACUAUUCUUUGCGACCGUAUUUUCGAAUUUACUCCUCAAAACAUAGAGCUAUUAGGUGUAGCAUUACUUCUUGCAACAGCACCUUUCCUUUAUGCCCCAAGGUUGGGCGUCAUUAUGCAACGAGUUUGCAUAUUAAAGGGGUUGAUCCUCCCCUCUGUGGAAUAAAAUCUCGACUUUUUUCGAAAUUAACUUGAAAUUUUUUGUUCUGGUCCAUUGCUAACCCUAAAUCUAAAUUUUACGGUGGCGUACUUACUGAAAAUUUCUUCUUUCUUAUUCUUCAGAAAAUUAACCUGGUUUUGGAUGUAUUGAUGAAGAAUCUAAUAAUGAAAAUAGUUCCAGUUUACACUUCCUUUUACAGGAUUUUUUAUGAUUUUAAGAAUAACUAUAUCAAUUUCGUGACCACGGUGUUUUGAACUAACCAUUAAGUCAGUGUCAAACUUAACAACAAUAUAUAGCACAAUUCACCUAAAUAAUGAAAAUGGACUCCUUAAUUUGAAGGUUUUCUCCGAGGGGUAAACCGCUAGCAAAAAUUUGUACACCAAAUACCUUUUCCUGAAGAAAUUCCCUUUAAUUCCUUAAUUCCUCCUAAUUUUUUAUUUCCUAUUAAUACCUUAAUUAUAGCCAUGAACUCCUCAAAACAUUGUUAUUUCCUAUUAAUACCUUACUCUCAAUUCUCCACAAUUUUUUUUAUUUCCUAUUAAUACCUACCUACAUUAUUGCUCUGAAUUCCCCACAAUUCUUACAACAGCUCUAUUCUCUAUAAUUGGGCUACAUAGCAGGAGGACGGGUGUUUGAACCUGGGCUGAGGUAAGCAUUUUUCAUUUGUAUCAGAGAUAGGAAUUUCCUUAGAUCAGUUUC